UUUGAUACUUCCCCAAAUAAAUUGACCGAUUAACCCUUGAAUUGUAGGCUUUUUUUUUCCUUUGUAUUAUGGUGCCUAACUGUUUGGAGAAAGAGUUACUUGAUCAUCAAGGUCAAAGGGGUUUUUGUUUCUAGCAUGUCAGAUGAAAAUCUAGGUUGACUUAGGUACCCAAUUUGAUAUUUGGACUAUUUGAUAAGUGUGUCCAUCAAAUAGUCAAAUUCAAGUUUUCUUGAUUAUCUUUGGAAGGUGGAAGUUUCCAAUGUAAAAGAUAUCAUUUGUAUGUGUUUAUGAUGAAAUAACCGGAUCAUUUAGAUUGCUAAUUUGGGAUACAGAGAUGUGGAUUUCAUUAUUAUUCAAAAGCAUACUUCUUGACCUUGAAAUACUUAAUUAGUUAAUUAUGUGUUUAUAUGUUGUAGAAUCAAGCAAAGAAAUCAGCAUUCUGCAGACAAUGAAGUGUUUUUAUUUCAACAGCAAAGAGAAAAAUGAUGAACCAAAGACUACCAAGUGUCCUUCUGGUCAUUCCACUUCCUCUUUCUUUUCGCUUGAUCGUGAUCCUAGAAGAUCAGAGUUUAAUUCCCAGGAUGUCUCGGAAUUUAGCACAACAUCCUCUGUCAAGUCAUUUGCAGUAAUGUCUCAAAGACACAGCAACCUAAGCGAAUUCACAUGCGCGGAGCUGAAAGCAGCAACAAAGAAUUUUAGUCUCUCCCUCAUGCUUGGAGAGGGCGGGUUUGGUGGUGUGUAUAGGGGUGUCAUCAAGAGUGCACAAGAUCCACAUAAGAAAAUAGACAUCGCUGUUAAACAACUGAGUAAAAGGGGAUUGCAGGGCCAUAAAGAAUGGGUGACUGAAGUUAAUGUUUUAGGGAUUGUUGAGCAUCAAAAUCUUGUCAAAUUACUGGGCUACUGUGCUGAGGAUGAUGAAAGAGGGAUCCAGAGGCUCCUGAUAUAUGAAUACAUGCCCAACAGGAGUGUACAAGAUCACUUAUCAAGCCGAUUUCAGAUUGCACUCCCUUGGGUCACAAGGGUCAAAAUAGCACAGGAUGCUGCUCGCGGAUUAGCAUACCUCCACGAAGAAAUGGAAUUUCAGAUUAUCUUUAGGGAUUUUAAGUCUUCGAACAUACUUUUGGAUGAACAUUGGAACGCAAAGUUAUCAGACUUUGGAUUAGCUAGGCUGGGGCCUUCAGAUGGAGUGAGCCACGUCUCUACUGCGGUUGUUGGAACAGUUGGAUAUGCAGCUCCGGAAUAUAUUCAGACAGGACAUCUCACAUCGAAAAGUGAUGUGUGGAGCUAUGGCAUUUUCCUUUAUGAACUCAUCACAGGAAGGCGGCCUGUAGACCGGAACCGCCCCAAGAAUGAGCAAAAGCUCUUGGAAUGGGUGAGAGCACAUAUGUCUGCAGAUUUAAAGAAGUUUCAGCUUAUCAUGGAUCCAAGGCUUGAAGGGAAGUAUUCCCUCAAGGCUGCACAAAAGCUAGCAGCUGUGGCCAACCGGUGCUUGGUGAGACAGCCAAAAUCACGUCCUAAAAUGAGUGAAGUACUGGAGAUGAUAAACAGAAUUGUGGAGACGACAACAGAUAUGGGAAGCCCUCAACAACUCCCUUCAGAGAGUGUGGACUACUCCAAAAAUGAAUUUUUGACAGGAUCUAAAAGGGAGAUUUUGAGAAGGAAGUUUGUGGAUCCACUUAUUGGAGAAAAAGGUUGCUUGAAUUUGCAAAUAUGGAGACCCAAGAUUGUGAAGACAUGUUAACAGAAGCACAAAGGGAUCAGUAUGGUAUACCUGUUUUGGUUGUCAAGGGAUAAGCUGGCUCCUUUAGCAAUGAUUCCCCUUUUAUAGAUUGUAAAUGGAAGUUGAAUACUUGUUGGCCUCUUGAAGCAAAAACGCUGGAGGCUCCCAUGGGAGUUUUAGAUUAAAGAUAAUAUAUUAGAUCAAGUCAUCAAACUUAUAGGUUGCUCUAUUACAUCACAAAUGUAACCUCUCUUCCUACC